AUGUCGAGGCACUCAGGCGCCUUCUUCGGCGACGACGUCAGCUCUCUCCCUCUGCACAACGACCCACACGUCGGCAUCAACAUGGCUGGCCUCGACACUCUAGGCGGACAACAUCCAGGCAUGGCCCAAGGCAAUCCAUAUCCGCCCAGUCCAUCCUCCAUGCGCUCACCUCAUUCGUCGCAUGGUCACGCUACAGGCUCCAACAAAUACAUCCAGAGCCCCAACUCGGCUGGCAACUCGAAUACAGCCGCCUACACCUCACCACGUCUGCAUAACUCUCAGCUGACUGCCCAUCGUCUUGGCGAUUCCUCAGGCGCAUCCGAGCGCUAUUCCUUCGACAAUCAGCAGCAGCACCAUCAGUCGCACUCUUCCGCCUAUCGUAACGAAGGCUUGGGACGCUCCCACUCCAUCGGUCACGGCUCGCACCCAAGUCAGUCCAGAUCCGCUUCCAACACAGCCAUAGGCACUUCUGCCAUGUAUCUCUCUCCACAGACGGGAGCCGGUCAGGGAUUAGCAUCGCACUCCUCCUCCGCUCACGGCAGCAACGGAACAGCCACACACUCGGGCUCCUAUCUCUCCUCGUUAUCGCCUUCCGGCAUGCGACAUAGCAGCUUCAUCAGUGGUGGCGGUGGAGGUACUAGUGGAUCAUCGGCUACCUCGUCUCAGGGCUCCUACAGCGGACUUCCCAAUCUCUCGUCCGGCUCAUCUCAUCCAGCCAGCCUGCUUCCAGCUCCGCAAAUGCUUUCGAGCCCGUACAGCAACUCCAGCAGCCACCGUUCUUCCAACGCCAUGGACACUUCGGGCUCCUCGAUACGCGACCAAGCAGCCAGUAAUCCAUACAGCCCCAACAACUCUCACUCUAGUCGUUUUGUUAGCAGCAAUACAGCAGCUGGAAGCGCGAGGUCCGGCAGCCACGACCCAUCCAACCUCAUGGACAUCAGCUCUCCUCGCGAAACGCCCAGAUCACCGCAUCAGUUGUCUCAGCAGUACAACACCUCCGCCGCCCGUCUCGGCGAUCUCUCUGAUGGCUUGCCGUAUGCAUAUCAAUCCAGUCAUGGCCUGCAACAAGCAGCUGCGUCUUCGAGUCAAUAUCUCUCUUCCAGCAGUCGGCAUUUGCAGCAGGGUGCUGGUGGUCUUUGGCCUUCUACUUCCGGAGGGUCAGGGCGAAGCAGCAUGAUUCUCGAUCCGUCCUCAAGAGACAGGUCAGGUGACAGCACUGCUCGCAACGCGACCGUCUACAGCGAUGGUGGAUCAUAUGCACAGCACGGCCUUGGCAUCAGCUCGUCCGGUUCAAUGACCACUGCUUCCGACAACUCCAGGACUAGCUCCGGUAGACGCGAUCAGGCUUCGUCGGGAAGAUCGUCUCGCCGCAACGAGGGCUUCCGUCGAGUACGUGACUGGGACGACCUUCGACCUGUCAUCGACAAGACCACCGCUGCAGCAUCGGGAGCAGCAGCCGCUUCGGAUGGCAAGGCAGCCACUGCCGCAGCCCUCACUACGAUACGACGAGCCGAUCCAGCAGGUGGAUUCGUCAGUCCACUCAAAGCUUUGACCGCCUAUCUGCAUCACACCUAUCACUUGGUCAAUCCGGCUUUCUUCUACGAGCUCAGCUUCAAUCCACGACGUGUGCUCACCAAGCCCAGCAAACCUGUUCAAAACGAUGGCAGGGACAACGAAGAGAGUGACUACAUUCUCUACGUCAACGAUUGGCUCGGCACGGAGGAGGGUCACAAGUAUCUCAUUCUCGAUAUCCUUGGUCAGGGCACAUUCGGACAAGUCGUCAAGUGUCAAGAUAUGACAACGCACGAGAUUGUGGCGGUGAAAGUGAUCAAGAACAAACCUGCCUACUUCAACCAGAGUAUGAUGGAGGUCACCGUGCUCGAGAUGCUCAACGGCAACUGGGAUCCGAAUGACGAACAUCAUAUCUUACGACUCAAAGACACUUUUAUUCAUGCAAAGCAUCUUUGCUUGGUGUUGGAGCUGCUUUCGUCGAAUCUGUACGAGCUGAUCAAGCAGAACUCGUUCCAAGGUUUGAGUACAAGCUUGGUCAGGGUUUUCACGGCGCAACUGUUGGAUUCCUUGACGGUGCUCAAUGAAGCGCGCUUGAUACAUUGCGAUCUGAAACCGGAAAACAUUUUGUUGAAGACGUUGCAGACGCCUUCGAUCAAGUUGGUCGACUUUGGAUCCGCUUGUCACGAGAAGCAGACCGUCUAUACUUAUAUUCAAUCUCGAUUCUAUAGGUCGCCCGAGGUGUUGUUGGGUCUACCGUACAAUUCGGCGAUUGAUAUGUGGUCGUUAGGGUGUAUCGCUGUGGAGCUGUUUUUGGGUUUGCCGCUGUUUCCGGGUACGAGCGAGUACAAUCAGAUUUGUCGGAUUGUUGAGAUGCUAGGUUUGCCACCACAGUGGAUGUUGGAUAACGGCAAGCAGACGCAAGAGUUCUUCAUCCUCUAUACGGACGAAUUCGGACGAAAGAGUUACCGGCUCAAAUCGAUCGAACAGUACUCCAAGGAGCAUAACAUACAAGAGCAACCAUCGAAAAAGUACUUCAAGGCUUCAACCCUACCUGACAUCGUCAAGACCUAUCCUAUGUCUCGGAAGAGUGGCAAGUCGGCAGACGUGCAAAAGGAGAUGGCGAAUCGGAGCAGUUUUAUCGACUUUGUUACCGGGUUGUUGAAUAUGAAUCCUCAUGAAAGGUGGACUCCGCAACAGGCGAAAUUGCAUCCGUUUAUUACGGGCGAGAAGUUUACCAAGCCGUUUAGACCGCCUUUGAUUCCUACUGCUGCCUCGACUUCCGGGUCGGGGGCGAGGAAGGAGGUGAAGGGUAGUGAUGCGAGUAAGCAUCCGUAUGGGGGAUUGGUGCAGCAGAGUUCUUCGAAAUCGUCAGGGAAGAGUUUCCAGGAUGCAGCGGCGUACAAUCAGCAUUUGGCUCAACAACAGGCGUAUCAUUCCGCUGCGGCUAGGCAACAGGCUCAGCCGGUGUUGAAUAAUCCCUAUGCGAGGGAGGAGGCGGUGCAGGCCGAGGCGAAGGCGAAGGCUAAGGCGCAAGCGCAACUGCAGCAGAAGCAACAACAGCAACAGCAACAGCAACAGCAACAGUAUAAUGUUAGACACUCGAUGGCAGUUCCCCCCUCUGCGUACUAUGGUGCUGGUGCUGGUGGGGGGAGUGGGAGUGGGAGUAGGGAUGUAAUGCAGGGGGAUGGUGGUGGGGGUAGGGGAAGAUCGGAUCAGAGGCAUAGUAUGAUUCCGCAACAAUUGGCUGAUUUGGUGAUGGAUCAGCGGUUGGGGGGCGGGAUGGUGAAUAGGGACGAUCCGUUGAGAGAAUGGGAGAGACGGCAGAAUGGGUUAGCUCCGUCUUCUGCAACGACGAGUGGGAAGAGGAGACAGAGUAAUAACAACUACGGGCAAUUGGAUCUGUUGCAACAGCAAGCAGAAGGUGCCGCUUGGGGUGGUGGUGGUGGUAGUGCGGGUUGGGAUCAGAUGAAACCCAGCGGCGCCGGCGGCGCCGGCGGUGGUGGUGUCGGUGGAGGAUCGUUCUCGGUGGUUGUUGAUGGAAGUCAGGAUCAAAAGGGAGGAAUUGCUGCUCCUCCUGCUGCUUACUCCAGUAGCAGCGGCGGUGUAGGUGGUGGGGUAGGGAGGUAUCAAACUUCGCCCGGGCUCAACAUUGGUGCAGGAGGUUAUGGAGGUAUGAAUGGCGGAGUGUCAAUGAGCAAUUCUCAUAGUUCUGGUGGUGGUCCAACCAGUGGUGGAGGAAACGCAUCUACACUGCCAUUCGACAUUUACGAUGCAGGAAUGGCCAACCUCCUGCCUCCCUCCCUAACCCCCGUACGAAUUCAAGAUAGAGAUCAACAGUAUCAACAGCAACAACAACAGGCGUUUUUGCAACAACAGUACGCAGCUCAAAUGCAACAACGAAGCCAUAAAGAUCGACGAGAUCCCUCCUCGGGUGCUGGUGGGGGUUUUGGCGGCCUCUGA